UACAUGCUGAAAUCCACAGGCUGCUAAACAUGCAGUAUCUAACCAAACAGUUGAAUACACCACGUGGAUUUAUACCUGUAACUGGCCCGUAACAGGCAUGAAACGGCCCGUGGAUUUUUGGCUGUGUGGUGGUGGUGAGUGGUGAGGCAGCUAGCUAGCCAGACUAGAAUUUAUGAUUAAAUUUUUGACAAUGGUGAGACUUGCUCAAGUAGUAUUUCGUAUGGCACCAUUGCUUCUGACAUUUGGCCUGUGUCAAGAAGUCAGGGUUGUUGUUGGAGAUGAAUCGAUCUGUCGCUUUUUUGAUGAUCCAAGUGGCUUAAAGAGGCAUUUCAUCCACACACUCGAUGGAUUCACAUGCGAUGUGAUAGGAACUGACAACGACUGUGUGGAGGAACUCAGACGUAGAGGAGUGGUUACUGGUGAUUGUGGACUUCUCACAUCAACGUAUUCAAAGUGUUUAGUGAAUCGUACUCUAAUAGCGAAUGAGUGCUGUCAUCAAGGACAGCAGCAAAACUGUUCAAAUGGUAAGUAAUUACUGUUGCGAGUGCUCUACGGAUAUUAUUGCCCAAGCGGAAGUUCGAGAAGCUCAUGUAGCUCUUCGCCUCGAGCUACAUGAUGCUUCGAGAACUUACGCAUGCCACUAUUCUGAGCUGUACGAAUAUUUAGAAUACAAAAUAUUUAAUUGGGUAGUUCCAUUAUAUACGGUAUGUAACAUCGGAAGUAGAUAUCGUAUCACUAGAAUAUUUUGCGAGUGAAAAACCUUUGUAAGUGAGCAAAAAGUUGACCCUUUGCGAUUUAACUAUUGCAAGGAUCGUGUGUAUUGGUAAUAAUUUGGGUUUUGCAAUUUUAUUGUUGCAAAUUGAUCAAAGUUUUGCAUAAUAUUUAAGGUUACGGUAUACAGUUCCCACCCACGCUCAAAUUUGCGUGGGUGUUCAAUGCAGUUCACUAGUAAAAUGGCUCUCAUUCUGGCAAUGGUCACUUGUCGUCAAUUCUAAGCAUCAGGAAACCCCUCCUUACCGUAUAGUCUGCUGUUUCUUAUUAUACGAAUAAAGGGGCAGGGUGACUCGAAGAGUUUUUCCCAAGAGAGUAAGUUGAAACAAAAUUACGGCCAUUUCUAGCUGUUUUUGUAGGCUAAUAUGGCGACUGUAGAGUAGUAACAAGGAUAUAUUUUUUGCUGUAAGGUCUCUAUGAACAAGAUCUCUUCGACUCGCCCUCCAGUAAGUCUUUAGGCAUCGAAUACUGGUCAGAAAGACAACCUGGAAGCUAUGCAGUCAACAAAACUUGAUGCCAAAAUUUUCAGUUUUUUCCAGCUGACCUCACAGACCACUUCAUUGGAUUACAAGACAUAGAUACUUUUAGCUACAAUAAUAGCUAGCAUUGUUUCAUGCUCUCUUUUCAUUGAUAAUCAUUGCAAGUUACAAAAACAAUGUAGUGAUGAGAAAUAAAGAAAAUAAAUAUCUUAUGAAUUAUUCAUGAGCAAUUAGUAUACAUGUACCUUACAAUUGAAACAAACAAUUGUGACAUAACCUCAAAGAGACCCUGUGCCACUAAACUCAUAAACUCUGGAUUUCUCCAAGAAACCUGCUCUCCUUUAAUUGAUGGAAUCACCUAUAAAUGCUUAAUUAGCACCGACUACAUUUAUCUUGUCUGCUGUAUAUUGCAUAAAGAGGGUAUUCGCGAAACAAUCUCUAACUCCUGCACUCCAAUAGCAACCUCUACUCAAGGCACUACCGGACUGACAGGUACAUGUACAUACAUUUCAACUGCUGCAACCUCAACUGUGCCCAAUCUCAACAGUACAGCAGAUAUCCCUGACCCACCCAUGAAGGAUGAUAAUGACCCAUACAUUCCAGUAUAUUAUGUUUUUGGAAUCAUCAUCGCCCUUAUCAUCGUGGUGGUGGCGGUAGUAUUCAGCGUCUGGUGUUAUCAUAAAUAUAAACUUAAAUGUGUUUCUCCGUCAGUUCGUGAUGAUCCUGGUGGAGAUAACCCACCUAAUCAAGUAGGAAAUCCAAUUGUUGCGAUUCCUAUGGAAAAUAGAGGCGCUGCCGGGGCCAGGGGUAUUGACACUGACGGUCGUAGACAAUCCAGUCCAUCUCAGGAGAAGUCCCAGGACGCAUCUCAAGAUGGAUCGCAAGUACCGUCUACUACCGAUACGAAACUAUCUGCUAAAGAAAAUGAAUUGCGAAGACGCAAGCUUCCGACUGAGGAAACUAGACAGGAAAUCACGAAAGAAGACUCAGACUGGCUCCCUACUAGGACAGCUGCACCUUUCAGUGAAGAUUCGGGCAAGGGUUGCACAUCUAAAUCUGUCAUGCAGCCUUUCCCUAAUACCUACAAGCCUCCUACUGUCGAUUCAAUCGUUCUAGACAUGUCUUCCCCCAAUGUACCGACUGCUUCUCAAGCUUCUGAUGAUGGAAACUCAUCCUACGUCCCUACACCGCCCAAGUCAUCGUCCCUGGUUCGAAAGCAGGACCUCGUGACAGCACAUAUGAGCCACCUGGAAUGUAAAGAUGGUACCCAAGAGAAACCUUCGAUGUCCUCUGUCGUACAAGGUUAUAUGCAGAGUUUGGAUCAAGAUGACCAAGAGGCAGAUGCAUUUGUAGUGCAACAGAAGGUCAAGGUUGGAGGGGACAUCUCAAGUGCUGUGGCUCACAAACAACGGAGCUGCUUUAAAUCAGGAGGUACAGAUGACGAGACUCAUGGCUCUGUCUCUGGGAAGGGCCCGCUAAAGAAGCACAAGUUCCCACCAGCUCACUUUGGAAAUGUGGGUGUGGCUAUCAUAUGUGCACUGACCCUGGCUACAUUUGUGUGUCAUGGAAGGGGCUACACUUCUACUACUCUCCAUCCCUCUUUAGCUUAUAAGUACCGAUGGUUUGAUAGAGGCACACCCUGGAUUAGAGCUCUUGCAGACAGACUGGCAUACCCCCAGAUGUUUGACCUCCAUAAUCUAGGACUAGCUGCAUACUGUGGUAUCUUCCCGAUGACCUUAACUACGUUGAGUACCCUGUACAACCAAUGUCAACGUAAGACUGCCGACCCAACUGUGAACGAUCAAACCUCUUCUCUAGCUUAUAAUUACCAAUGGCUUGAUAGAGGCACCUGGAUCGGAGCUAUUGCGUACCCAUUCAUCUUUGGUUCCCCUAAUCUACGACUAGCCGUAUACUGUGGAAUCGUACUGACGACAUUGGCCCUCGUCAUCAUGGCAACAACACUCAUCUCUCUGUUUGACCAAUAUCAGCCUGGGCCCAUCCGUGCUCCUUUAGCUGUAAAGUAUUGUGUUUCUCUGGCUGCUAUAAAGUCCUGCAGAUGGACUGGCAUAGCACCUCAUGUGAACAUCCCUCCCCACCUCUCAUUGCAGAUUGGAGCAGCAUCAGCAUUUUAAUUGUAGGAUAGAACCGGCAGUUAGUGAAUUAUUUAUUUUAUUUUAUUAACUGUGAAUUUUAUUAACUGUGAAUUAUUCUG